AUGAAUAAGAUUUCAUUAAUCAUCCAGAUUUUCUCUCUGUCUCUGCAUUCUCUCUUUUCUCUCUGUCUCUGCAUUCUCUCUUUUCUCUCUGUCUCUGCAUUCUCUCUUUUCUCUCUGUCUCUGCAUUCUCUUUUUUUCUCUCUGUUCUCUCUUUUCUCUCACUCAUUGUCUUUUUCUCUCUCACUCAUUGUCUCUUUUCUCUCUCACUCGGCAUUGUCUCUUUCUCUCUCACUGCAUUGUCUCUUUUCUCUCUCACUGGCAUUGUCUCUUUUCUCUCUCUCUGCAUUGUCAUUUUCUCUCACUUGUCUCUUUUCUCUCUCACUGGCAUUGUCUCUUUUCUCUCUCUCUCGCAUUUCUCUCUCCUUCAUUGUCUCUCUUCUCUCUGUCUCUGCAUUGUCUUUUUUCUCUCUUCGGCAUUCUCUCUUUUCUCUCUCACUCUUUGUCUCUUUUCUCUCUCACUGGCAUUGUCUCUUUUUCUCUCUCUCUCAUUGUCUCUUUUCUCUCUCACUCGGCAUUGUCUCUUUUCUCUCUCACUCGGCAUUGUCUCUUUUCUCUCUCACUCGGCAUUGUCUCUUUUCUCUCUCACUCGGCAUUGUCUCUUUUUCUCUCUUUUGUCUCUUCUCUCUCACUGGCAUUGUCUCUUUUCUCUCUCACUCGGCAUUGUCUCUUUUCUCUCUCACUCGGCAUUGUCUCUUUUCUCUCUCACUCGGCAUUGUCUCUUUUCUCUCUCACUCGGCAUUGUCUCUUUUCUCUCUCACUCGGCAUUGUCUCUUUUCUCUCUCUUUUGUCUCUUUUCUCUCACUCGCAUUGUCUCUUUUCUCUCUCUCUCCGGCAUUGUCUCUUUUCUCUCUCACUGGCAUUGUCUCUUUUCUCUCUCUAUCGGCAUUGUCUUUUCUCUCUCAUUUGGGCAUUGUCUCUUUUCUCUCUUCAUUGUCUCUUUUUCUCUCUCCUCGGCAUUGUCUCUUUUCUCUCUCACUUUCGGCAUUGUCUCUUUUCUCUCUCUCUUCUCUCUUUUUCUCUCUCACUCGGCAUUCUCUCUUUUCUCUCUCUCAAUUCUCUCUCUCUCUCAAUUGUCUCUCUCUCUCCUCGGCAUUCUCUCUUUCUCUUCUCUCUCUUGUCUCUUUUCUCUCUCUCGGCAUUGUCUCUUCUCUCUCUCAAUUCUCUCUCUCUCUCAAUUCUCUCUCUCUCAAUUCUCUCUCUCUCAAUUCUCUCUCUCUCAAUUCUCUCUCUCUCAAUUCUCUCUCUCUCAAUUCUCUCUCUCUCAAUUCUCUCUCUCUCAAUUCUCUCUCUCUCAAUUCUCUCACUCUCUCUCUCUCAAUUCUCUCUCUCUCAAUUCUCUCUCUCUUCUUCUCUCUCUUCUCUCUCUCUCUCAAUUCUCUCUCUCAAUUCUCUCUCUCUCUCUCUCAAUUCUCUCUUCUCUCUCUCAAUCUCUCUCUCUCUCUCAAUUCUCUCACUCUCUCUCUCUCAAUUCUCUCACUCUCUCUCUCUCAAUUCUCUCUUUUCUCUCUCUAA